ACCAGCUCAUCUGUCAUUUUAUCACUGAACCAGUUUUGAAGAGUUUGACUUUUCAUAUUUGUGGACUGAAACCGUUGAAGAUGUUUCACAGAAUUUGGUUCUGUUUGUGGUGUCCGAUUGGUGUGUUUGGUGAGGAACUGAAGUUAGUGAAAAUGGGAGAUUCAGUCACUCUAAACUCUGGUCUUACUGAAAUAAUGGAUGAUGAUUGGAUUAAGUGGAGUUUUAAAUAUAAAAACAAUUUAAUAGCUGAAAUCAAUGUAACGGCCAACAUCAUGUCUGUAUAUGAUGAUGUUCUUGAUGGGAGAUUCAGAGACAGACUGAAGCUGGACAAACAAACUGGAUCUCUGACCAUCACAAACACCAGAAUGAAACAGGCUGGAAAUUAUGAACUGGAGAGCAAGAGUGUGGGGAAGACAUUCAGUCUCACUGUCAUUGAUGAAAUAUCAACAAAGGAGGGAGAUUCAGUCACUCUAAACUCUGAUCUUACUGAAAUAACGGAUGAUGAGAUUCAGUGGAAGUUUAGAGAAGAAAACACUUUAAUAGCUAAAAUCAAUAAAUGGGAUGAAAGAUUCACUGUAUAUGAUGAUGUUCUUGAUGGGAGAUUCAGAGACAGACUUAAGCUGGACAAACAAACUGGAUCUCUGACCAUCACAAACAUCACAACUGAACAUGCUGGAAAUUAUGCACUACAGAUCAACAGUAUGGGCAUACUUUUCUUUCUCGCUGUCUAUGAUGAAAUAUCAGUGAAGAAGGGAGAUUCAGUCACUCUAAACUCUGGUCGUACUGAAAUAAUAAAGAAUGAAGGAAUUGUGUGGCUUUAUAUGAAUGAAAUCAAUUUAAUAGCUGAAAUUAAUGAAAGGGACAACAGC